UCAUCAUUGGAAAACUUCCAAAUGGGCGUGAAGUGGCAGUGAAAAGGCUUUUUGAAUAUGGCGUCAAUAAAGAACAACAAUUUCUUAACGAAAUAAAUAUACUAGCAAGAACUGAUCAUCCCAAUAUCAUCUUGGUAUAUGGUUGCACAUCACUCAAAAGUCGUCGAGCUUUGGUUGUCUACGAGUAUGUUCCUAAUGGAUUUUUGAGUGAUCAUCUUCAAGGUGACAAAGCAACACCUAAUAAAAUUCCUUGGAACAUUAGGAUGAGGAUUACCAUGGAGACAGCAGGUGCAUUGAACCAUCUUCAUGCUUCUGAUAUCAUUCAUACGGAUAUUAAAACGAGUAAUAUUCUCUUAGAUGCCGAAUACCAUGUUAAAGUAGCUGAUUUUGGACUUUCGCGCCAUUUUCCUAAUGAUCAAAGUCGUGUUUUAACAAUUCCACAAGGGACAUAUGUAGAUCCUGAGUACAAUCGAACUAAUGCACUUACUUAUGAAAGUGAUGUGUUCAGUUUUGGAGUGGUGUUGAUUGAGCUUAUAACAUCUUUGUGUGCUUAUGAUCACAACAGAAAGGAUGAUGUGUCAAUCUGUAUGACAUGGCUAUUAACAGAACUCAAAAUCAAACUUUGCAUGAUAUUGUGGAUCAUACCCUCGGUUUUGAUAUAAAUUCCAUGAUAACGCAAAUGAUUAAUGGGGUUGCCAUGUUAGCAUUUUGUUGUCUCCCAAAGUUUCGGUGAUAUGAGACCGGC